CACAGAAUGAUCCACCAAUGGAAAAGUUAAACUGAACAAGAACAGAAAGUCUCAAGAAAUUUACCAGAAAAUAUAAGAAAAAAAAGAAGUCUCAAGAAAUUCUGAGAGAACUGCUGAUAAUUCGUUAAUAACAUCAAACAAAUCCGAAUCCCAUUUCCCAUAACACAAAAUGGCCGCCCAUUCAUUCCUUUCCACUUUCGUCCUCCACUCUCCCUACACAUUUUCUCGUUCCCCAAACAGACAAGGACACAACUUUUCUCACUCCUCAUCAAAAUCCCUCUUUCUCCACAGAAAAUGCGCCAAACCCACCUGUCAAGUCGUCUCGCUUCUCUCUCAAAACAACUCUCUGACUCCGAAGGGCAAUCCCCGUUACCUCCAUUAUCUCCUCCUCAGCAGAAAACCCUUCUCCUCGGCUCUUGAGUCACUACUUCUGUUUUGCACCUCUAUUGCCUUAUCUUUCUCUUUGUUUAUCGCCGACGUCGACUCGGCUUCAGCUUUCGUCGUCACAACCCCUCGUAAGCUGCAGUCCGAUGAGCUCGCUACUGUUCGUCUCUUUCAAGAGAACACCCCCUCUGUUGUUUACAUCACCAAUCUCGCUGUCAGACAGGACGCCUUUACUCUGGAUGUGCUGGAGGUGCCGCAAGGGUCGGGUUCGGGUUUUGUUUGGGAUAAACAGGGUCAUAUCGUCACCAAUUAUCAUGUAAUUCGCGGUGCUUCUGAUCUCAGGGUCACUCUUGCUGAUCAGUCAACUUAUGAUGCAAAGGUUGUUGGAUUUGACCAAGACAAGGAUGUUGCUGUAUUGCGUGUUGAUGCUCCUAAAGACAAAUUAAGACCUAUACCUAUUGGUGUGUCUGCAGAUUUGCUUGUUGGUCAGAAAGUAUAUGCAAUUGGCAAUCCUUUUGGACUCGAUCACACUCUUACAACUGGUGUCAUAAGGUUCAAAAAGUUUCCUUUACAUUUUUGGCUUUGUUUGCAAUUUCACUUCAGCACUUGUCUGCAUGUCGUCUCUUCUAAUCUCCAGUAUGGCUGUUCUAUUUACUACCAAUAUGGCAGACUUAUUUUGGGUGAUAUAAUAACAUCUGUAAAUGGAAAGAAAGUUACCAAUGGGAGUGAUUUGUACAGAAUUCUUGACCAAUGUAAAGUCGGUGAUCAGGUGAUUGUGGAGGUUUUGCGAGGUGAUCACAAGGAAAAGAUUCCUGUAGUACUUGAACCCAAGUCUGAUGAGUCAUAGUAUGCCUUGUGGGCCAGUAUGUAUACUUCAAUAUGGUACAUAAACUAAGGAAUGCCAUUAUUUUUGCGUGUCAAUUAUUUCCUGAUAAAGGACCUUAUUGUACAUAUCCUUGUUAUGUUACUCUGUUCAAUAUAAAAUCAAACUACAUUGUGAAGCAAAA